AUGCUUGAUGAAAACAACGAGUUGGUCAGAACAUUUAGGCGCAUUCGACAAGAUCUCCAGCUUUCUUCCACACCAAAUCUCCGACUCAGAAUCUUUGGGAUCAAAAGUAGGAAUCGACAAUAUGACUUGCCAACUAGCUCUGAUAUUGCAGCCUUAACACCUGGUGAUUUUGUUGCAGAUAGGGAGGAUAGAGAUAUCAUUGUUGACCAUCGAGGAGAAGGGCUGAAACUUCAAACGAGAAUCAUAUUUCUAAAAAACGAUAGCCAAAAUACCAGACCCCAAUCUAGAUCCAGAAGGGUGCUCAAACUGUCAAGGAACAUGAGGCUUAAUGAUUCACAAGAUAAUAGAAACCUGGUCGGCUGUGGAAUGAACUUUGGUGAGUGGAUUCUGGCACUGGGAGAUGGAAGGCUGCCAACAAAAUCUUUUAUGGCAAACACACCUUCAGAUUGGAUUGAGAUACCACAAAUACUUUUGAUAUAUGUUGGAAAAAAUCCAAUCGAGUCAAUCACAAAUGACAUAUAUGACGCAUUUGAGGAACAACACAUGAGCACAGAUUACCUAAGUGGAAGGGCGAUCGUUACUCCUACUAAUGCAGUUGUGACUGAAGUGAAUGACUUCAUGUUGCAAAAAAUUCCUGGACAUUGCCGUUGCUACUACAUUUCAGACUCUAUGCAACUUGAUACAGAGGUACCUCAGCUAUUCGCUGAAACUUACCCAACAGAAUUUUUGAAUGCUCUUCAGUUCAAUGGUGUUCCAGAUCAUGAAAUAAGACUUAAGGUUCACACUCCAAUCAUGUUGCUGAGAAAUUUGAGCCCACCAAACGGCCUAUGCAACGAGGACAUUCCAGUCAAUUACACAAGAAACAUUGUAUAUUCAGAAGCCUUCACAGAUAUUGCACCUGCUUAA